AGAGGCCGUCCUUCCUUGGUUUGGGGUCCUUUCUUGCCUAACGUGUGACCUUUGGUAUCAAGCCUCCUCUCCCAGCACAGGCUGUAUGAGGGGGGCGCGGGCGUCCGCAGCCCUGCUCGGCGGAGGGGCCGCCCUGCUCCUGUCGCUCCUGUGGAUGCCGGCGCUGCUGCCUGCGGCCUCCCGCCUUCUGUCGCUGCCCAGAGCCCUGCUGUCCAUGGCGUCUGGAACCCCCCCGCCCCAGCCCGGCCCGGCCCCGGGCUCCGGCUACGUCCCGGGAUCGGUGUCCGCAGCCUUUGUCACUUGCCCCAACGAGAAGGUCGCCAAGGAGAUCGCCAGGGCUGUGGUGGAGAAGCGUCUAGCAGCCUGCGUCAACCUCAUCCCUCAGAUCACGUCCAUCUAUGAGUGGAAAGGAAAGAUUGAGGAAGACAGUGAGGUGCUGAUGAUGAUUAAAACGCAAAGUUCACUGGUCCCAGCCUUGACAGAAUUUGUCCGUUCUGUGCACCCUUACGAAGUGGCGGAGGUGAUCGCAUUGCCCGUGGAGCAGGGGAACCCCCCAUACCUGCACUGGGUGUACCAGGUCACCAAGUCCCUUUCCGGUUCCAGCACGGCUGUGCCAUGAUGAGCCGUGCUGGCGCCAUCCCCUCCCACUUCAGUGCCCGAGUUCUUCAGGUGACGACUGAGCCCCCAAUAAAUCCAUCUUUGGUUUCCUC